AUAUAAGCUCCUAUUGGUUGGAGCCAACAAGCGUCAUCACGCACCGUUGCCAAACAAAGGGCAGGAAAAAGCCACGUUGACGAAGUCGACAGUAGUGUGCGUUACUUUUCAGCCAGAAAACUGAAGGAUUGAUUUUAUUUUGAAGACAACGAAGCAACUCUUUGGAAGAAGCGCUUGACAGCAACCAUGUCAUCGCCGCCCAAAGAGAAAAUCGAGACCAAAGCUGGGCAUCUUCCUGCUGUGAAAGCAGGAGGCAUGAGGAUAGUUCAGAAGCACCAGUCUGCAAAUGAUGCACCAGACAAGAAUGACAAAGACAGUAAAGAAUAUGAGACUGAGAUCCCACCAAAGCUACCUGUUGUGGUCUCAGGAGUUGUCACUAAGGGGGAUAAAGACUUCACCCCUGCUGCUGCCCAGGUGGCUCAUCAGAAACCUGUGCCCGCAGUACAGAAGCUGCCUCCAGCCCACCACAUCAACCAGCACAUCCACCAGCCCCGGAAGUGAGCCUUCACACAACUCUAGACCACCCCGCCCUGCUCAGGUUGCCAGGAAUCUCUUGCUGUCAAGCAUUCCGUACGCCCCUCCCCCAACCCCCUUCCUUCUGUGCCUGCAAGUGUCCGGUUUCCACCAGUAUCAUGACAAAUGUUCCAUUUCCUGAUUCUUACUUGUAGAUCAUUGAAACACUAAAAUUGAAAUCUCCACUGCAAAUCACUAAUCAGAAACAUGUUAAUUAUGUGGGUUCACUUCAUGGGGGAUGCGCAUGGAGCUGUGUUUUAUUGUUUUAAUUUUGUUUUACAUAAAUAGUUCCAGAGAGAUGUAAGUUGUAUAAUUUUUUUUUCUUUUCUUUUUUGAAGUCGGUGAAUGUUGUAUAUUAAGCAUUAGGUACUAUGUGUGGCUAUCCGAAUAAAGAGUUCAUAUAAAACCACACAUGCCUUUUUGCUCUUAGAAACACAUUCAAAAGCUAGACUUGCAUUACCUGAUGGAAAUAACAGUGCUUUCGCAAACGAGUAGUAACAUGUAAGGCUGAAAUGAUUUACAAAACUGUAAUAGGGAAUCUGUGUGCUUUGGGUUGAAUUAAUCUUAGACAUUUUUGGAGAAUAAAUUUCCCAGAAAAAU